CUUUGUUUCGGAUGCGCGUAAGUUGUUCGUUUUUGUAAACGCGCUGGAUUAAACAUGUCCGCUAUAAUCAUUGAAGCUUACCCUUCGUUCCUUAAUGAUAGUGGAUAGUUAUGGGAAAUUCGAAUUCGUCUAAUAAUGAUCAAAACAGUUGGAUCACGGCUCCUCCUAAUGACGCUUCUGCGCCUAUGUUUGAACCAUCAUUUCGGUCUGUAGUCGAAAGACGACCUAUUUUCUCUCCUAAAAUCUCAUUCAAUAAUGGUCAGUCAUCCAAUUCUAUGCUUCCAGCAGCGAUAGCGCCGGAUUCUUCACAAAGCUUUGAUCAAAUACGCUACCAACCCUAUAAUACUAAUUAUGUUCCCGACGCAGUUCAGCAGAUCAAGGGAGCGAAAUGGACAAAUGAUUUUGUGGGUGUUCCAGUAACUUCUGGUGAUAAAUCAUCUGUUGGAAAUUCAUCAUGUCUACCUAGCACUCAUCAGUCAACGAACUUCUCACCAACUCAACAGCCUGCCAACUUCUUAAACAAUUCAGUUGCGCAGAUACGAAAUAAUCCAUCACAUAAUUCACCCCAGAUAUCUACAGAAGGGCAAUUUGUCGCUUUGCAUGAUUACGUUAAACGUGUAGAUGAUGAUUUGAACAUGACCAAGGGACAAAUAUUUAAUAUACUCGAUAAUUCACACUCUGAUUGGUGGUAUGCGGAAUGUGUAUCUACUGGUAAUCGAGGAUAUGUACCCAAAAAUCAUUUAGCAGCUGUUACCAGUUUAGAAUCCAAUGAAUGGUAUUUUGGAGAAUUGAAACGUAUUGAAGCUGAACAUUAUCUUCAACUUCCGGGAAAUGAUCAUGGCUCUUUUUUGGUUCGAAUCAGUGAAUCUCAAUCCAGUGAAUAUUCUUUAUCAGUACGAGAAGAGAAUACUGUUAAGCAUUACCGUAUUCGAUCAAGAUAUUCACGAACUGAUCCUACAUUAAAACGUUUCUACAUUUCAAGACAACUGCCUUUUGUUAAUAUUCAACAGCUAGUCAAUCAUUAUUUAGAGAAUCAAUCUGGUUUAUGUUGUCGAUUAGGAAAACCAUGUAUUCGACCAACUCAUCCAGAACCUGUGGGUCUUUCACACAAACUCAUUGAUAAAUGGGAAAUUCCAAAAUCUUCAAUUAUUUUGAAAGAAAAAAUUGGACAAGGUCAGUUCGGUGAAGUAUUUAAAGCCGUAUGGAAUAAAACAACAAUUGUUGCUGUGAAAACGCUUAAGCCAAGUUCUUGUGAUGCUGCUGAUUUUCUUCGUGAAGCUCAAACAAUGAAACGCUUACAUCAUCCUAAUCUGAUACAAUUGUACGCUGUUUGUACACAGACAGAACCUUUCUACAUAGUUACAGAAUAUAUGUCCAAAGGUUCUUUACUAAACUACUUACAAUCUCCUGAAGGUCAUGCACUAGAUAUGCAAUGUUUAAUUAUGAUGGCUGCUAAAAUAGCUUCUGGUAUGGCGUAUCUUGAAUCCAGGCGUCAUAUUCAUCGAGAUUUAGCUGCUAGAAAUGUUUUAGUUGGCGAACAACAUGCUGUGAAAAUAGCAGAUUUCGGUCUUGCUCGUAUGAUUCAUACCAUUUGGUGUUACAGAAUUUCAAAUUUUGAUUGAUGUAUGUUGGUAAUUCAGAUGAAUGAUAAGCAGUGUGUCGUACUUGGUUGUUCACUUAUCAUCCAAGCUUUUGGAUUCUCAUUGUUUGUGAUGCCUUUUACUUCUGUCAUUGUGUGUGGAAGUAUAUUCGGGUAUAUAUAGGUCAACAGAAGUUACGGGUAUUCAUUUUAAAUGUAAAUAAUAUCAAGAUGUGAUGCUCAAAAUAAAAUCGCAGCAAUAACGUUUCAAAUACAUCUCAACUAUAAAGAAAUAUGGUAGUACGUAAACAAAUAUAAUUGGUGCAAUAAAUUAAUAAUCUUUGUGGUUUCGCAUGUACACCUACCUGAAUUUGUUCUUACUUUUGGAUAGAUAUUAAUAUUCCAGACAUGUGACCAACAUGUAGUUUUUUGUCUUCCUAGUAGUUUUACGCUUACCAUAAUUGAUUGUGACCAUCUAUACAUCUACGUUUCUUUUUAAUGUCAACAAUUCAUGGUAAAAAAGGAACAUAUUAUCUACAAAUGAUAUGGAAUGUAUGAAUAAUGAGACCAGAGGAUGAGGCUUGUAAAACUGAAUUUAUAUGUAAAAGAAAUCUAGGAAGAUGGAUGAACAACUAACAGAACAGAGAAUAUGUAGCACAUGCAGGAGCUAGAUUCCCUAUAAAGUGGACAUCACCUGAAGCAGCUAAUUAUUCACGUUUUACCAUAAAGUCUGACGUGUGGUCUUUUGGCAUUCUGUUGACUGAAAUAGUCACAUAUGGUCGUUCUCCUUAUCCAGGAAUGCAUAAUGCUGAAGUCCUCAGACAAGUGGAUGCUGGAUACCGCAUGUCGAAACCACCCGGUUGCCCACCAGAAUUAUAUGACCUUAUGCUAGAAUGUUGGGCAGCUGAUGAAAAUAAACGACCAUCUUUCGCAACAAUCCACUUUCGUUUGGAACAGUUCUGCGAAGAUGAACAACCAGCCUACAGAAAUGCAAAUACCAAUAUCCAUAGUCAUCCUAAUGGAAAUUCAAUAGUAGCUUUGCAAAAUAAACAAAAUCCCUCCUCUGGAGCCUACCACAACCAUAUCGAGAUUUCUGUAUCACCAUAACUUUCAGAUUCUUGGUAUAGUGACAAAUCAGUGUCCUGAAUUGAAUGAUAAUGACUGCAGUGAUUCGGCACUUACAACUUUGUUUCUAUCAAAUCAUGUAAAUUUAAUUCCAUCUACUUGUAAAUAUGAAUACCAAAUAUUGAUGUUCGAGUAUAGGGACUAUUUGUAUGACAGACUAGUCAUGAAAAUCGGAACCAACCAAAUAGCUUCUCGAAGCAAUAUGUACUUCUAUUUGUUGAUAACUCGUUUUAAUUAUUAUACAAAUUAUUUUGUACGACGUUAUGUUUAUCCCUCCCUGAUCUAACCAACUGUUGACUUCUUGUUUGGCCAUUUGCUUGUUCUCUAUGCUAAAGCUUAGGUUUUUUUACUCAGUCUCUUCUAUAAAUAAAUCAAUAUCCCGACCCUUCAAGUUUUUAUUGAUACUGUGACCCUAAGUAUAUACUACAAAAUACUAUCGGUAUUAGUAAAUUUCAGGAAAAGGGGCUAUCUUGGAGUUAUCAGAUGUUUUCCAGUGUGCCAAGUAAAAUAACAUUCAUGACUACGCGAUCUGAGUGUCUUAUUGGUACCAUCGACCGAUAUAAGUUAAACAAGCAUCGAGAACGUGAAGACACUAGACAGCCGUCUUAUCCUAAUAUGAGACUCCUCAGGAGUGGACACUCAUGACUCCACGACGAGGCGCCGAACCAAGACCCUUUGGUCUUGCGCAUAACCUCUAGACCACUGAAUUAGUAUCCAAUGGUGUAAGUUUAUCUUUAACCAGCUUACGGUAAUCUGUUGAAGACUAAUGACCCAUAGCCAGGGAAGUAAUACCGAAUUAACAGAAAAUAUCUAGCAAACUGAUAGUCACAAGGUGCCCUUAGAAUUGUACUAUCUCGCUGGUUGAUAAAGCAUUGCUAACUUAGAGGGCUUCUGUCUAAACUCUAUCUAUUACUGAUAGAACUAGUACUUUGGUAUGCAUCUAACUCUAGUAAUGAAACUUUCAGUAUUAGACAUUUGUGAUGGGUUCUCAAAUUGCUUAUGACUGCUUUUUUCAGACAAUUUCGUAGUAAGUUGGAAUUAAAUAUAAACUACCAGUUUACCUCUUUCGGAGUACAAAAAACAGAUCAAGGUGUUGAUCAGAAGUGCAUUGUUUCUACAGUUUUUUUAUAGGCCCACUAAACAGGUGGCAGAAGUUAUACAUGUACAAAGCAUUACCAUUUAUUCAAUUUACACGAUAAGUCUAAGGGUACCCACAUUUUUAUUAUAUCACCAACAUGACCGGAAAUUGAAUACAAUAUUAUGUACAGAGAACUGAAAAUAAAUACAUUAAUUAUGAUGAAAUCGGUCAAAAUCCCGAAUAUAAUGUAUUGCAUUAGCCUUUUUCUGUCUUGGGUCGAUUGAGUUUACUUGAUAUAUUUGUCGACUUUACACGUUUAUCACGUUUUUUCAAACCAUCAAUAUUAGCUUUCAGGAGAUUGGAAUAAGCUUGAUUGAAUCUAUUCAUGUCCUUCUGGUGAACCUAUUUCAAAUAAUUACAGAAACUUUUAUUUAAGCAUUCAAAUUUUCGUACCAAUAAUUCGAAAAGUGAGAUUAGUCUUACACCUCAUAAAUGUAUUUGUUCCUUCCAUGUACUUGUGAAUUAUAUCGUUAAGUCCUAAAUUUGUGUUCUCUUAUUCUCUGGUUGUGAUUUAUUAUAUUUUUAAAUCUAUUUUCGUUACUGAUUAUUGUUAUAAUGGCGAUCGUCGUUUUCAUCUUUAAAAAGGAGCCACUUAGUUUACUCAACACCUAUGAGGGUAUAAGUGUAUUUCUGAUUUCUUCCAGACGAUUGACGCUUAUCAUACUCCAUAGAUUAUGCUGAACUGAGGACUGGUCCGUGAGGAGUGAACAUAUGUAUUAUUCAGGUCAUGGACGUGUUGAUUAUACAUUUAUCUCCCCCAGGAAGUUUAUUAACAUCAGGCAGGUUAGAACAUAUAGCCAUUUUUCUUAACUGUUUCGUUUCAGUAGCAGAUAUGAUAGGUUUGCCUAGUCUCACCACUCGCCUUUAACUUUGUUGUCAGUGACACUGAAAACAGCUCUAAAGGCAGCACAUGACGGUGGUGUAGAUAUGUUACUAGAAGAGGGUCUUUGACUUCAAGUAUGAGGAUGGCAACGUUUUAAUGUGCGGUGUGCAAAUUAUUGAAAUCGUACUUAAUCAGUUAGGAAUUACAGUCUUUAAUUACGGCAUUUCAUUCGCACUUUCGAAACACCAAACAUUGCUGCAAAACAUGCAGGAGCCUGGUAUGUAUCCACAUUUCGUGACGAGUUAGGAAUAAUUGGAUAGUUAUGAAAUCCCGAGGGGGGUUGUGUGGCAAACUGAUCUACACAUAUAGUGGAAGCUAGCGUCUUUGGCCACUCGGGGGUCAUGAUGUUUGUACCAUCGACAGUAAUUCUAGCGUAUUCUUGUGUAACCUGACCACUUUGAGCUAAGAAUGUUUGGAGACCUGGGCGUAUGGUCAGCACUGUCUCAAAAGCAUUGUUCGUAUCCAGUGACAAUAUUGUGUAAGUGAUGUCGGGCAGUUAUGACAAUUCAAUUGGUGUCUAAUUCAGUAACCCGGUCAUGUUUAUACAAAUGUCAUCACAACGGUUUUCAAAGGCUGCCUUAUUUCCCGAUGCUAAGACGGUGGUAUAAUAAAUAGUAAAAUAGGAUUAACAUCUGCAAGCCCAUCAUCUCUCGGUUGGGGUCUUACAAAUGAUACAACUCCGUGACUUGAUACGUUAUCAAACAUAGUUUGCAACACAAGUCAAUGGACCAACUGAUUUGUAAGUGUUUUGCGACCUACGUGUGCGUUAACUGAAUGAAUAAUAAGAAUUAUAUUUUUACCAAAGAUCUCGAUAUUUCGAGUUUCCCAUUUUACCAUUUCCUAAUCCCUAGUGAUCUGGAGAGUGAAUAGACGAUAUGGAUAUAAUCCAGUUAGAUAUUAGAGGCUGAUGAGCCAGCCGUUCGAAUAAACGAACUAAGAAUAAGAACAUGGUAUCCUCAAUACUAGUUUAGUGGUAUAGAUACAUUCGGUUCCUUACACAUUAAAACGAGCUGACAAGUAUCAGUGAGUUUGGUUGAAAUCAGUAAAAAUGUAUAACAAUUAGCAAUACCAGUUUCCUAACACUGAAGUAAUAUGGAUUACGGAAGAUAAAUAAAAGGAAAAAGCAGCAAAAACCAGGGACCCUAGAAAACUAGAUGACCAGUACUCUUGAAGUGAGACUUAAGUACAUGAAUAAAUGGGUUAUUCAAUAAGACACUUGAAUAAGAGGAUCGUUAUAUCAUUAAACUUUGGGGAGACAGCAUUUAGUGAUAUCUAGAAUCUGAAUAACAUAUCAUAACUCACGAGCUAUUUCAUCAUCUAAAACAGAACGACUAUUUCUACAAUAAUAAUCCUGGAACUAUAACGAUGUCGUAUUAACAAGACGAUCAAUUAUAUCACGAGUUUCAUCCUAAAAACGGUGGAUGACUUUUACAGGUUGAAGCGCUUUACUUUUAUAUGAUACCCUCAUGUCUGUAUCAACCAUUGGGUUUGUACCGACCAAUGAGUUUUACGAGACGAAUAAUAGCAGUGCACCAAACAUCAGAACAACCAUGUUAGCAAUUUUAAUACUGUGAGGUAUUUCACAUAAUAUUGUAUGUGAGUGCAUUCAACAACUUGAGUGAUACAGUGGAGUUAUACAUCUGCUAAAAACAAUCUAGGUUUUUUAGGUACAAUACUGCCGCCAUGGCAGUCUUAUAUGAGAAAAAUUAAGGAUUCCGUGCGUAGUGGGUUUGCAGUAGCUAAGCAAGCAGCACAGCGUUAUGCUGAGAGAAUGUCCUUCAGCGAUAGGCUUCAAAUUAGUGGUUUAACAAAUACUACCACAAUAGGCCAUAAUGAUGUCUCCACUAAACAAGUAAUUAUGUUUAACAACAGUAAAAUAACUUCAUGCCAGCCUGAUAAUGUAGUAGUAGUUAACGGCCAGCCAGGUUUAGUCACUGAUAUAAAGGAGGAUGGACUACUAAAAUUUAGGACUUUCACUGACCCACGCAAUUACUUUGAAGAUCCUUUCCCAUCUAGUGAUAUUGGAAUCUUUAUGUGCUCCGUAGUUAGCCACGAAUACUCCUGGGUAUCGGUUCAGGACAUUGAUUGUAAAUGUAUAGCCAUAAAUUGUAUCAAUUAUAUAGUUGUAAUCCCAUUGUUGCAUACUUUAUUGUAAAUGCAUUUUGUUUCAUUAGUGUUUAAGUAAUGAUGAUAAAUCAUUUACUUACGUCUUAUGUUCUUUUCAGCCCACUAACAAGAAAUACGUUAUUGUUGACGUCCUACAGAAAAAACAACUUAUGAUAGCAUCAAAGGACUGGAUAGUUGGCAAUGACCUUUGCCUUCUUCCGAACGAGCUGGUCGAAAUACACCUGCAGAAGUGCGACCAACCGAAUGAAAAUUGGUCGCUUAUGAAAUGUAAAGUGAUUCACGAAUUAGGUAGGCUACAUACACAGAAAGUAUAAUUCACUAUAGAUUCUCUGCAGUCAGCAAAAGACCUGUUAGUUGCCCUACAGGUACUGGAAUGUCAACGGAAAAACACCUCUACGGAUGAAAACACUUUGCCACUGAACACUGAGAAGCCAAAGAGGUCUGUACAAUAAUCUUACUUACAUUUCCUAGAGGUUUAAUGAAGCGUAAAGAAGAUUUUCUUUACAAUUCAGUUGACAUGGAUGUGGCUGAAAUGCAGGCUGGGAAUAGCCGCGUACAAUAUCCAAAAUUCCGUGUUUUCGACAAAGUGAUAUCGCCAAUCGCCAAGUACGUUUAAUUACUAUUUAGAUAUUCACUAUUUAGUUCAACACAAUUAGAGAUAUCACCAUCCACAUCGCAAUGUAAGCCUGUUGGUGGCACUGUAUUGGACCAGUAAGUAACCUACAUCAUCUAGUUACCUUUUUCACCUGUGAUAGAUUGUAUACUGUGGUGCUGAAGAUGUCGUCAGCUAUCAAUGACUUGACUAAAACGAUUAACAACAUGUCGUCCGCCAUUAUGGACUUGAAUGUUAAUGUUAACCAAUUGCUUUCAAAGUCUAAUGAGCGCGAAAGACCGCAUCAAUUCGAUUGCGGACUGUCAAGUCAGCAGUUCCCUUUGUCAUCUGAAGAGGAACUACAGAUGCUAGAUACUGGUUUGUCGCAGAAAGAAACCAGGGACAGAUUUGUAAGUCAUUUACAUGAAUUUGAUAAUUUGUUACUAUUACAGAUGGCAAUGGUCACUAGGUUAUCAGGUGACGAUCCAAAAACGUCCAUGCGUUUUGUUCUGUCGCAUCUGCUGACACCGGAGGUUGCCAGUAAAUUCACGUUACUUGGCACCUCUUCAAAACGAGCACUACAGAAAUGCACGUUUUACAGCUGCAUACGAAGUAACCUAUAUCUAUUACUUAAACUUCAGGUGCCUUAACUCAUCGCUUUUUGUCAUCCUCUGUCAACGAGAAAGACCUUGGUAAGCUGUACGACAUAGCGACACAAGGUUACUUUCACGACAUCCGAGACAAGAUGAUUAAACGAAAUAGAAAAAAAGAAAAUCCGGUAUGUACUAAUUUAAAGUGAUAACUUCCCUACGGCUCUAUAGUUACAGUCAACAAUACUAACGAACAUAACCGUAAGUUCAGCUUCAAGUAUUUAGCUGUGCAAAAGCAUGUCAUUGAGAUAUGGUUGUGACUUUUUUGUUCGUUUUUUUAUUUCAGAAUUCACAGGAGGACUACCUCAAUUCUGAAUAGUCCGUGCAAUUUUUUUGUUGUUCUACCUCGAUUUCAAUAAACAUUAUUCUUUCAAACAGCUUACUCUUUUACUUACAUGGGAAACUGUUGAAGUGUUGAGAAUGUGUGUCUGAGUUUCAGUGAACUUUUGAUUAAAUGCACAUUCCUUAUGAAUAAAAUAUAACCUGUUCCUUGUUUUUCAGAUAAUUACAAAUAACAAUGAAUUAGCAAUUGCAUUGGAUAUGCAUAACAAUCGAUGCUUAAGCUUGUGCUUUACUGUUGUACAAUAAUACGCUUUUCUUUUUAAAUAAAAUUUUUAAAAUAUUUACUGCUUUUCCACUGCAUUGCAGAUAUACUUCGGUAUGUUGUUGCAAAUAAAGGCGGACAUAGGAGACCUUUAAGGUUCUGUCGAUGGAUAGACAAUAGGAGGUAAUGUGUGUAUUUAGGCUAAAAGUAGACAAUUAAGCGCAUAAGUAGGCAAUUCGGCGGAUAUUUAGGCGAAAAUGCGACGAUUUGGGGGAUAUUUAGGCGAAAAUGCGACAAUUCGGCGGAUAUUUAGGCGAAAAUGCGACAAAUCGGCGGAUAUUUAGGCGAAAAUGCGGC